GCGCUAGUUUAUCGUAAAAGUUUGGCAGUUAAACAUCGAUGAUUACAACUUUAGAAAUGGAGAAAGGAUUUGAGAGUUUUAAAAAACGAUCCGGCACCACCGAUAAAGGCAAAGACUACGAGGACGUAGCUGUCGCUAAUGUUGUCCUAGAACUAGUAAACAACGUCACAAUAAAGAACUUUCAUGUUUCGUCAAACGAAGCGGAUUUCGGAGCCUUUGAUGACCUAGUUAUUAAAACCGAGUCGGAAAAAGCCAACGAAGUACGAGUGAAAGCUGUGCAGCUAAAACACAGCGAAACGCAAGCUCUGCGCGCAAAAGAUUUACAAAAAAAUAAAGGAAAUUUCAGCAUAGCCAAAUAUUUACAAAGUUUUAAAGAAAUAAAGGUCGAUGUAGACGAACUGAUACUAUUUACCAAUAGACCUUUUAAGUGUGACGACAAGACAACAUUUCAACUGGAAGAAGAAGAAUUUUCUAUUAAAGCUGUUAAAACAAAAGCUACUUUAGAAUUUUUAGAGAAAACAGACUGUGUGUAUCAGUUUGAAAUAAUCGAAGAAGAUUGGAGUGUAGAAACGCUGCUCAAAAUUCGAGAAUAUCAAACGUUUUUUAGUAAAUUUUAUCUGUAUACCGAUCAAGAAAAUGUUGAAAAGAUGAAAGGAAGAAUUGCUGAAAAAUUCAUCACGAGGUAUGUUUCGGAUGAGGAAACAUUCGAUAGAUUCCUCAGAACGAUAUCUCAGUGGAAUAUGCAAGACGGGGUGAAAGAAAAGUUGAAUAAAAAGUGGGUUCAGCGAUUAAUUGCGCUGCAGCUUCUAUUUUGUCAGAUUGAACCUUUGUCGUUUGGUUCGGUGAUUGACAAUGACAAAAUGAUAAUAUUUCGAGAAGUUGUUUCGUCUUUUGAUAUUACACUGUGUAAAAGGGAAUCGUAUGAAGCGCUUAAACAACUGUGGGGUGAUUCUAGACGAGAAGAAAACAUUGACUUUAAAGAAUUAAACUUAGUGAGAGAAAGGUACCUUCCUACAGUCAGAUAUAUUGACAAUGGUAAUAUCGACAAAACGGAUCCAAAGAUAUUGAUGCAGCUGUUAUGGUUAAUGGACAAGUGUCCAUUAACACUACGUCAACACGAAAACGUCGACAAAGCCAUUCAACUUUGUCCCGAUAAAAAGUUCAUCCUAAUUGGUGAAGGGAAGAAUGAGGAGUGGAUGCAAAACUAUUCCGUCUUUCAAAAUCUAUCAAACUUGAAACCCGAUUUGCGCGACGAAGUCAUGCAAAAUUUUACCAUAUCGAUCCAAGGAAAAGGCGAACUUGAUCUUGUAACAGCUUUUGGAAAUAGUGAUGGGUUUUUAGAAAGUGUCACCACGGACAGUCUGCUGGAAAUGCUAAACGGUCCAUAUCCUAUAGGAGGUGAACAAGAAACCCUUCCUGAACCUUAUAUCGGACGUUAUCUCCCUCGGAAUGUUGUAAAUAUAACAUAUUUAGAGAAAGCUCACGAAAACACAGUUAUUGUUUUAAAUUGUGCUAAUAACUUUGAUACAGCUAGAGAUAAACUCAACAAAUGUAACUUAAUUGACAUUGAAAACUUUUUACAGAAAAAAAAUCAGACUGAUCAUAACUCUUGCUUUACUAAUGCAGUUAUCAAUCUAGGUAACAACGAAAACAACUUCCAUUUUGAUAAUCUAAACCUGGCUAACACUAUCUAUAUAGGUAACAGACAUUACAACGACUCUGAACUUCAACAAAUUUACACCGAAAAUCAAACAACUAAACAGUUUCACUAUUUUCAACUUUUGGAUGAUGGAAAUUUAGAGUGGGUCAAAAGCAAAGGUGAUGUUAGUGACUUAGAAGUUUAUAAGUUGUCUGAACAAUAUUCAACGGACGAAAACACGUUGUGGUCUUCUAGGUUAGAAAAUAGCAUCAAUCUGAUAACUGGCGAUCCGGGAAUCGGUAAAUCAGAAUUAAUGAAAAGUUUCAAAAAUAAAUGUCCACCGAAAUACUGGACAGUCAUAAUUAAUCCUCAAGACGUUAAUUCAUUUUUUUAUAAUUCCGAGUUCCCCGAAACAACUAACUAUAUAGAUUUAUUUGAAAAAACUGUCAACAAUUGUCAGUCGGUCAAAAAACUGGAUCGCGAGAUUUUCAAAAUGUGUAUAGAAAGGAACAACGUUGUGUACGUGUGGGACGCCCUUGAUGAAAUUUUAAGCGACAAUUUAGACGAUGUGUUAAAAAUUAUUCUGCAUCUUUCGUCCAAAGGUUUCCACCAGUGGGUUACUAGCAGACGAAAUUUGAAACCAUUCCUUGAAAAACACUUCAGUUUGCUUGCGCUUAGUAUAAAUCGGUUUAGCGAAGACGAACAAGAAAAUUACUGCAGAAAUCGUCUAAAUACUUUUGUUUCCUCAGACCAAAUUGAAGUCACAAUUGAGAAAAUCAAAUCGUCGUUUGCGAUCGUGGAACACGUAGACAUUUUGGGUGUUCCGCUUCAAAUAUUCAUGCUUACUGAACUGUUUCGUCAAAAUCACGAAAAAUAUUUGAAACUAAUGGACAACACGUUUCUCUUAACCGACUUGUACGAUUAUUUUAUUGCGGAAAAAUUGAACAUUUUUUACCAAGAUAAGAUUGAAAUCGAUAUUAAAAACCCGCAUUUGGCGAGAAGAAUUAACAAAGAAAAACGAGAAGCUUUAGAUCUGUAUGAACGAGUGGCUUUUAAAGUAGUAUUUCACGACGAAAUUUUGCAGCAGUUAAAUAUUGACUUUGAAAAAUGUUUAGAAACAGUUGUAGAAGAAUAUGCAUCUCUUGGUUUUGUGAAAGAAUUCCAAAAUAAUGUACCGCGUUUUCUUCAUAGCUCUUUCGCGGAAUAUUUAGUUGCUGUAUAUAUUUUCAAAAACACUAGUGAUUUGAAAGUUUUCAUUGCUGAUAUACUGUUUGGCGCCAAAUACGACAACGUUCGCUUCUUUUUUGAUAUGUUGUUAGCCAAAAACUCUAAAGCUCACAUUGCCGUCUUAUACAAAAAUUACGAAACGUUUAAAACUUACGACGACGAAAUUUUGACACUCAAAGAUAAAUGGGACAGAAGUGCCUUACAUUUGAUUUCGUCAUGGGGUAAAAGACAUCCGCGUAUAAAAAUAACUCAAGGGUAUAUUGUACAAGAAGAUCGCAAUUUUGAUAAAAAAUCGGAAACUGAAGCGUAUUUUGAAGCGUUGGCGUAUUUACAACAAAAGAACAAUGUUGACGAAUUUGACACUCUGCUAAACGCGACUCCUUUGUCUUAUGCUACAAAAAGUGAGAGCUUGGGAGCAGAACUAAAGUUACUACGAACGAAACAAACUGAUUUGAAUCGAUUAUGCACUCGCGAUGAUAUAAUAAACUUUUUAUAUUAUUCUGCUUUGUUCGGCUAUGACGAUGUAUGUAUACUUUUGACAGCUGAAGUGUUAAAUACUUUUGGGUGUGAAGUGAAACUUAUUAGUGUACUAUUCGUACAAAUACCUCUCUUACCGAACUAUUACUUUCCCAACUUCGAUGUCAACGAAUAUCUUUUAAAAUUGUUUGUGGAAAAAGAAUUCGUUAUCACACUAUUAUACAUAGCUUCUGGAAAUGGGCACGAAAAAAUUGUUGACUACUUAGAGACAGUCGGCGCAGAAAUCGAUCGCGCUGCGAUUGGUGGUCAUACACCACUUUACUUAGCUUGUCAAAACGGCCACGAAAAUGUUGUCAAAUACCUAGCGACAGCCGGUGCCGAAAUCAAUCGCGCUAAUAACGAGGGUUGGACACCACUUUUGAUAGCUUCCUUUCACGGCCACGGAAAAGUUGUCCAAUACUUAGUGACCUUCGGCGCCCAAAUUAAUCCCUCGACUAAUCACGGUUGGACAGCACUUCACGUAGCUUCCGAAAAAGGCCACGAAAAAAUUGUCGACUACUUGGCGACAGUCGGUGCCGAAAUCAAUUGUGCUAAUAACAACAACGGUAGCACACCACUUCACCUAGCUUCCCGUAACGGUCACGAAGAAGUUGUCCAAUGCUUAGUGAGACUCGGCGUCGAAGUCAAUCGCGCUGAAAAUAAUGGUUGCACACCACUUUUUAUAGCUUCCCAAAACGGUCAAGAAAAAGUUGUCGAAUACUUGGAAUCAGUCGGCGCCGAAGUCAAUCGCGCUAAUAAAAAAGGUGUAACACCUCUUCACGUAGCUUCUCGAAAUGGCCACGAAAAAGUUACCAAAAUCUUAACCACGGCCAGCGCUAAAAUUAAUCCUGUGACGAAGGACGGUUGGACACCACUUCAUCUAGCUUCCGAAAAAGGCCACGGAAAGGUUGUCGAAUACUUGGCGACAGCCGGGGCUGAAAUCAAUCGCGUUAAUAAGAACGGUUCAACACCACUUUUUAUGGCUUCUCGAAACGGUCAUGAAACAAUUGUGAAAUAUCUAGCGACACUUGGCGCUGAAAUUAAUCGUGCUAAUCAUGAUGGUUGGACACCACUUCACGUAGCUUGCGAAAAAGGCCACGACAAAGUGGUCGAAUACUUGGUGACAAUCGGUGCCGAAGUCAAUCGCGCUAACAAAAAAGGUGCCACACCUCUUCAUGUAGCUUCUCGAAAUGGCCAUGAUAAAGUUAUCGACAAGUUAACCACGGCCGGUGCGGAAAUUAAUUCUGUUAGGAAUGACGGUUGGACACCGCUUCACAUAGCUUGCGAAAAAGGCCACGAAAAGGUUGUCGAAUAUUUAGUGUCACUUGGCGCCGAAAUCAAUCGCGUUCAAAACAAGGGUUGCACACCACUUUUUAUAGCUUCCCACAACGGUCAAGAAACAAUUGUGAAGUAUCUGGCGACACUUGGCGCUGAAAUUAAUCGUGCUAGUCAUGAAGGCUGGACACCACUUCACGUGGCUUCCGAAAAAGGUCACGAAAAAAUUGUCGAAUACUUGGCCACAAUCGGCGCUGAAAUCAAUAGCACUAAUAAAAAAGAUGCGACACCACUUUACACAGCUUCCCGAAAAGGCCAUGAAACAAUUGUCCAAAACUUAACAACAGCCGGCGCUGAAGUCAAUCGCGCUACUGCCGACGGUUGGACACCACUUCACAUUGCUUGCGAAAAAGGUCACGAAGUAGUUGUCGAGUAUUUGACGACAGCCGGCGCCGAAAUCAAUCACAUUGAUAAUGAUGGUGAUACCCCACUUCACGUAGCUUGCGAAAACGGCCAUGAAACAGUCGUUGAAUACCUGGUGACAAAGGGCGCCGAAUUGAAUCGCGCUGAUAAUGAUGGUUGGACACCUCUUCACGUGGCUUCUUUCAACGGCCACGAAAAAAUUGUCGAAUACUUGGCGACAGCCGGCGCUGAAAUUAAUCGUGUUAGUAAUAACGGUUUGAUACCACUUCACGUGGCUUGCGACAAAGGCCACGAAAAAGUUGUCGAAUACUUGGUGACCAAGAGCGUCGAGCUGAAUCGCGCUGAUAAUAACGGUUGGACACCUCUUCACGUGGCUUCUUUCAACGGCCACGAAAAAAUUGUCGAAUACUUGGUGACAGUCGGUGCGGACAUCAGUCAGGUUGAUAAUUACGGUUCGACACCACUUUUCGUAGCAUCCUUCAAAGGCUACGAAAAAGUUGUGGAGUAUUUGACGACCGUCGGCGCCGAAAUCAAUCGUGCUGAUAAUGAAGGUGACACACCACUUCACGUAGCUUCCAAAAACGGCCACGAAAAAGUUGUUGAAUACUUAACGACAGUCGGGGCUGAAAUCAAUCGCGUUAAUAAAAACGGUUCGACAGCACUUUUUGUAGCUUCGCAAAACGGGCAUGAAAAGGUUGUCGAACGUUUGGUGACAUUCGGUGGCGAAAUCUAUCGUGCUUCUAAUUCGGGUUGGACGCCACUGCACGCAGCUUCCGUAAACGGUCACGAAAAAGUCGUCCAAUAUUUAAUAACAUCAGCCGUUGACCAAAUCAAUUGUCUUCUGAAACGGAUUUUAAAAGUGACACCUACUUAAUCCCGUUCCUCUUCUACUGUACGGUGUAGAGGUAAUGUGGUCGCACUGCUCCUUCCACAGCAUUCCUUAGCUCGGCUUGCCUCCAUCUCAUUUUUCUCCUUCGUAGUGUCUUUACCAUCUUGCUGUGCUUUCUUUUUGCCUUGGCCAAAUUGUCGAUCCUAGGUAUUUGAAACUUUCCUUUUGGUUGAUCAUUGUCAAGCUUGAUGUAUAUUUUUUGUUAAUUUUUUCCUAUUACCGUGAUUUCUGUUUUUUCCACGUUUAUGUUCAUUCCGUAGUCUUUAAAUUCUUUAUUCCGUAUCUCUAAUUUCUUUUGAAGUUAUUUUUCUGUAUCCGCCGAUAUAACAAAAUCAUCUGCGUUCAUCAUUAUUGUUAUUAAUAGCUGGUGCAGUUUUCAUACUAUAUUUACCCCUUUUAUAUUCUCGUUCCAUUUCGGUUAUAAAUAGUAAUGGUCUCAACACCCCUCCUUGGCGCACUUCUUUGCUUGUUAGAAUCCCGUUUGAUUGGGCGUUGUCAGUUCUCACUAUAUUUCUAGUCGCUUUUGUGUAUACUUUUGAUUGCUCUGAGCAAGGUUUUCUCUACUUUUGCUUUUUCUAGUAUUUUUCAUAUUUUUGUUUGAUGAUGUUUAUUAACGGUCAAAAAAAAACCAAUUACAAUAAUAAAAACAUACAAAAGUUACAACACUAAAUUAAAAUCUUCCUGUGGAUCGAUGAUUUAAACCUGGUGUAAGAAAUUCCCACAAACUCAAUUUCAUUAUAGAUAAGUGUCAGUCUAGCAAGACGACUAACAGGCAAUUGAAACGCGUACAAAGUACGAUGAUAUGGAAUUGAAAGUAAGUGAGAAUUUCUUACUUGACGAGAUGGAACAUGUAUCAUAAAUAAAAUUAAAAUAUUUGAACAAGUAACAAUACCAGACAAUACUUUAUAAACAAAACACAUAUCAAACAUUAUUCUUCUCUUAGAAAGUAACGUAAGCCCAAAAUAACUUAUUAUCAUAGUAUAAUUAUAGCUAUUGAAAAAUAUUUUAAACUUAUAGCACAGAAAUUUGACGAAUUUUUUUUGAAUUUCUUCAAUUCUUUGACUGUGCAUCUUAUAAUAAGGAGACCAUAUAGUAACACCGUAUUCGAGGAUCGACCUUACAAAAGAUGAAAACAAAACAAUAAAAGAUCUAAGAUUUGUGAACUCACUACAGGUUCUUUUUACUAAUCCUAACAUUUUAUUUGCUUUAGAAACAAUAUUAUUUAUGUGCAAAAUAAAAGAGAGUUUACUAUCAAUAGUAAUUCCUAAAUCACGAAAACUGGUCACAUUUUCAAGAACAAUAGAAGACAAUGUAUAAUUAUAAUGUUCAGAACAUAAUUUACGACUAAAUCUUAAAACCUUACACUUAGGUACGUUAAAUUCUAGUCCAUUUUUCUUACACCAAAAUUCUAAAAAGUUCAAAUCAGAUUGUAUCAUAUGACAAUCAGAGGGGCAAGUAAUUUUUUUAAAGAUUUUUAAAUCAUCUGCAAAUAGUAAAAGCUGACUACAUUUUAUAACAUCUUUGAUAUCAUUUAUAAAUAGAGAGAAAAGCAAAGGCUUAGGGAACCUUGCGGAACACCAGAAGAUGGAAUUAUACAUUUUGAUUUAAACCCAUUUAUAAUUACAAAUUGCCUUCGAUUACUUAGAUAUGAAUCUAUCCAUGAAAGUAAAGGAUCACCAAUUCCAAUCUUAGCCAAUUUUAAUAGUAGAAUACGAAUAUUCACCCUAUCAAAAGCUUUUGCCAAAUCAGUGUAAAUAUAAUCAGUAUCGUAACCAUUUUCCAUAUUAUUAACUACCUAUAUAAUUAGUAAAUAUUAUUAAAUUAGAAGUUGUCGAACGCCCUUUAAAGAAGCCAUGCUGUUCAUCUAGGAUGAUAUUUUUUACAUGGAAAGACAGAAUGUCACAUGUAAUUGAAUCAAAUAUUUUGGCUAUAGGUGAACCAAUACUAAUAGGUCUAUAGUUUGAAAUAUCACUACGAUGACCUUUCUUAUAAAUAGGUGUAACAUAAGAAAUUUUCCAUAGUGUAGGAACUUUGGAUAAUUGUAAAGAUCUUUUAUAUAAAAUUUGUAGGGGAAAACAUAAAUUGUGAGCACAUUGUUUUAAAAAUAGUGAUGGAAUACCAUCUGGACCUAUUUUAACAGAAGAAUCUAAGGAAAGUAAUUUAGACAAAACGGUGGAUUUUUCAAAUGAAUUAAUAUCAACAAGAUUGUCUUUCCAAUUUGAUGAACUCAUAUUAACAUCAGUAUCAGCUACCGUAUAUACAGUUUGAAAAUAAGUAGCAAACAAAUCUGCAAUGGAUUUAGAAGAAUCAGCUAUGAUAUCACCUAAGAACAUAGAACAGGGAAACCCCACUGUAUUAGAUUUUGAUUUCUUGACAAAUGACCAAAAACACUUCGAAUAUGAUUUUUCCUACACAAGUUCAUAGCCAACUUACAUGUACGUCUAAGAUCACAAAACUUUACAUAAUCUGAAUAUAAUCCAGUUACCUUAAAAUCCCUAUGAGCUUUUUUUUUUUUCACAAUAAGAGAUCUUGUAUGGUUAUCAACCCAAUAAGGAAAGUUGUUCUGAGUUUUUUUAACAACAAUAGGAACAAAACGAUUUAUAAGAGAAUUUAUGUGAGAAUAAAAAUAAUACAUACAAUCAUCAAGAUGGGAAAAAUUUUCCAUGGUAAACCAAUCAAUUUGCUCCAGUUGGGUAUUAAUUACAUCAAAUGACGCGUUCUUAAAAUCCAAAUAAGAUGUGUAUAUAGUAUGCUCUAGUAAAGGCAAGAAUAUGUCACUAAUUUUAAUAAUAAAGGCAGGAUGAUUUAUAUCUUUCGGUAAUAAGGAUAAACAUUCUUCAAUCAUAAGUGCAGUAUUACUAAAGCUUAAAUCCAAAAUUACAUCAUUUCCAUUCAAUAUAAAGUUGUAUUGAAAAAGACCACUCACAGCGAAAUUGUCACAAAUUAAUUCUUCAAUCAUUGAAACAACAUUAACAGGUAUUAAAUAAUUACAAUUAGUAUCACUUUUCCAGCUCAAUCCAGGCAAAUUGUAAUCACCAACAAUACAUACUGUAGUUUCAGGAUAAUCAGCAAUUAAAGAAUCAACCAAAGAUAUAUGGUCAGAAUACACAGCUAAGGGUGAAUUAGGAGGAAAAUACACAGUUCCAAUUAUAAUUUGAAUGCCAUUAAACGAAAUUAGUAUCCAAACUUCUUCUCUUUGAAGAGUAUCAAUUUGCAGUAAAGUAGAAGGAAUAUUCUUUAUAACAGCUAUCAUUACACCACCACCACGUUCUUUAUUCGUCUCUAAAAAGGAUCUAUCCUUUCUGUAAACAACAUAUCUAUCAUCUAUAAUUUCCCCAUUAAAAAAUGUGUCAUUAAGCCAAGUUUCUGUUAAAGAAAUUAUGGGAUAGUUCUCGCACAAUACAUUAGAAUAUAAAUCACUGAUUUUAGUUCUCAACCCUCUAACAUUCUGAUAAUAAAUUGUUAACUCUGAGUUUGAUGAUCUGGAGUUUUUUGAAAAUUUGAUUGUCUUCGUACACUACGAGGACUAAAAUAUUUACGAACAGCAAUACCGAUUGGCCAAAAAGAUGGAUCCAAAACUUUUUCAAAUAAUGAAAAAUCGAUUGAUAAUUUAAAGGAACUGUAUUUAUCAGGGAACUUAGAAUUUAAUUGUUUAAGUUCAAAGGAUUGAAUAUUGUCCAUAUUGUCAUUUGCGCUACAAACACACUGUAAUUUAUUCCUAAUGUAAUCUUCAAUCUUACUAAUAUUAACCCCAGGAUUUACUCUUGUGACAUGAAUGUCCCUUUUUCGUCGCCUAGUGACAGCAACAAACUCAUUACUACGAUCUCCAAGAGCAUCUCCAUUUUCAUUGGUGACUUGAGAAGUACCAAUUAUCAAGGUCUUCAUUACCCUCGUUUUACUGGUAGCAUUAGUAAUAUUGGACUUAACUGGAGCAUUUUUAUUGGGUUCAUACACGUUUUGAUUAUCUUCCACAACAGCUGAGCGAAGGUUUACAUUUCUUUUAAACGAUGUUUUAUCCAGGCUUUUCUGAGGACCUUUCUUGUCACUAUUACCACUAAUUGUGAAGACAUUACCUUCAAUUUCAUUACUAGAUAAAACUGAUGAUUUUUCAGAUAAACGAUCAUCAUCCCAACAAGGCAGUUUUAAAGAACUAUACUGGGUUUCUCUUGUUGACAUCUUCUCGAAAAUACUUGAUUUUAGAAUCUGAACCUCAUCUCUAAGUUUUUUAAUUUCGAUCAUUAGAGGAGACACAGUCUUGUCGACCAUUUUAUUUAACAGAUUGGAAAAUUCAUCACUAUUCAAGAACUUUAAAACUUCUUGAGCAGAAGAUGUAGAACUAUUGGAACUUACAGAUUCAUUCGAAUCACCACAGCACUUAACACAUACUAGCUCAUUAUUCGACAGAAAAAUAAGCUUGUUAUUCGUUUCUUGUACCACUAAAGCACAGCUUUUAUGAAAGUACGUAUGACACUUAACACACGACCAGGCAUUAGACACUUUGUUUUUACAUUUUCUGCAUUGCUUAUCAACAUCAUCAUUUAUUUUAGAACACUGUAUGCGACACGUUUACACUCGCCGACGCCAUCUUAAAUUUUUGCUGACCUUCUUUCAAUUCAUUUAUUUCUUGCAUCAUUGCUGUCACUAUCGUUUUCAGUUCUGCCAUAUCCGAAAUCCCUUGUUUUUUUAAGUUCACAUUCUGACUUGUUUCUUUUACGUUUUCCGUCAUCCGUCGUAUAUUCCACGUCGCGUCGUCAGAUUCGGAGUUUCCACUCAUGUGUCCUUUAUUAUUUGGGUGACCUUCGUAUUUCACCGUUUCUACUACUGUUUCUACACGUACUCAAUUUGCAAAUUUAACCUCGUUCGCCUUUAGUUACGUCUAUUUGGUUAUCUACAACUUCUUCCACACUCGAUUCUUAUUCUUAUGUUAAUCUACACACUUCGUACUGUACUUUUCACCACAAAUUGCACAAUUUAUUUUCACUGCACCUCGUGCCAGCCGAAAUCAAUCGAAACCCCUCGUAGUAAGUUCCGUAAGGGUUUCCAUACACCCGUUAUACCAGGUUAAUAAUUUUUUUAGUAUGACUUCAUCACGUUUGCUUUGUCCCCCGGUUACAAUCAAGCUUAAAAAUUUUUGAAUACUUAAUUUGUAAGUUCAGAAAAGUUAAGAUUCACUUGUGAUACGUACAAUUUUCCAAAAGAAAGAACUGAUCAACUGACAUCUUUUUCGCAAAUAGUACUAAAUAAAAAAACAUAUGACAACAAAUUUAACAAAAUUUUCUGAAAAAAAAACGUAACUGUGUUUUCUGCAUUAUUCAUAAAUACAUAUAGAAAAAGAAAAAGCGAUGCAUGGUACCUUCUAGUAUUUUCCAAAGACUGUCUUGGACGAAAAUGGGGGCACGACAACCACACCACGAUUAAGCAAAGGAAAACAUACUUAAUUAAGGAUCGAUUCUUGACGGACAUCUAAAAGCGUAGUAACUGGUAGCACAAAAAGGGAUUUUUUUCAAAGCGUUCGAAGAUAUCCAGCUCAUAACAUCAGUCUCCAGUGUAUAGAAAUUUUAUCUGCGCUUUUUUAACGAUUAUGUUUUUGACUUCGUGCUGUUGGGAAGUAAAAUUUUGGAAAACAACGAGAAAUAAGUACCCCGUAGUCCUGGUAAUUGGUGGACGGACCAUCUUUAAGACAUUGAAGUUCCGUUUCAAGGUGUUCAAAAGAAAUAGACACUGUCCUGGUUCUUCGGGAAAUCGUCCUGCCUGCCUGGCUUAUUCGUCGAAAUAUUAUAAUUUUAAAUACUUAUUGUAGAGUUUUAGUUUAGAUCAGACAGAUUGUCAACCUUCCGAACUUAUCCUAUAUAACAAGUUUCGAAGUGUGAUAAUCUUAACUAGGAUUCAAGGGUAGAAAAUUUUCGCCGUUUACAAUGAUGCAGCUUGUACAGGGUGUAUUUUUUCUUUUUUGUAUUUGCCGAAAAGUGACUGCUUGAGUCUGAUUUAUUACUGUUUUUGGAGGGAAUCACUCCCCAAGACAGAUAAUUCGUCAGAGAUUGUCCCUUCUAAAGGGAAGGAAUUUCUGCUUGGCUGUAAAAUUUUGCCCAAAACGUUAAUUACUGUAUUGACUUUAUUUUUGUGAACUCGAAUAAAGGCGGCUGGUUGAGACUA